CAAUCUCAAUUUAAUACAUUUAUUUCCAGGUUGUCCUCAUGAAUACUCUUGUGGAGGAUGUCCAUGAUCCUUUUUGCCUGUGUGGUGAGGGUGAGGGACGGACUGCCACUUUCAGCCUCCACGGAUUUUCAUCUCAACAAGGACUUUCUGGAAUGCAGGAAGAGACUGAAGGCAUUAUCCUUAAUUCUGGCACAGUAUCCUGAUAGAGGCACAGCAACAGGACGAGGCUUCAGCAUACAUUUUCAUUCUUCUGGGGACAUCGCCUGCAUGGGUAUCUGCUCCAGCAGUUACCCAACCGUCAUGGCAUUUUGCUUCUUGGAGGAGCUGCACUGGAAAUUUUCUGCUUCAUAUGACACUACGAGCACAAGCUUGGCUACCAGACCCUAUGCUUUUCUUGAAUUUGAUAAUGUAAUUCAGAAAGUGAAAUACCAUUUCAACUACACAAGCUGCUCUCAAAUGAAGAACAACUUGGAGAAAAUUCAGGAAGACCUGAAGUUCCAUCCUCCUGUGCUUCUGAAACUAGAGGAUACAGAGCUGAUGAAUGGGAUGAUUAACGGGCACAUAGAAGUGCACGUGGGGUCCGAAGUCCCUUCCUACAGAAUGCAACCUGUAACUCCCUUGGGGAUUCUGUCUCUUGUUCUCAACAUCAUGUGUGGAGCCUUGAACCUCAUUCGUGGAGUUCAUCUAGCAGAGUAUUCUUUUCAGGAAGACCACGAGGGAGUUGGAAAUGUAAUAGCAUUUCUCCUUUCUUUUCUAGCCUGCAUUUUUCAGUGUUGUUUGUUCCUGUUCCACAGUUCAGCAAAGAAGAUGAAGGCGUUUGUGUUGAUUUUCUCCAUUUGUUUAUGCAACAUUUACUUGUAUGGAUUAAGGAACAUCUGGCAAAUACUCUUUCACAUAGGAGUGGCUUCUCUUUCUUCAUACCAGAUACUGACAAGGCAACUCAUGGAGAAACAGUCCGAUUUUGGAGUCUGAAAACAAACUUGGGAUUUAUUACUUCGCAUUUUAAAAACUCUUGUAUUUGCUCACACUGGCCAAAAAUAGUUUGGGGGAAUAUUUUUAAAACGUGCUGUGAUAAUUAUCAAAAGGGAGAGAUUUUGAAACAAAACAACUUGACAUAAACUAUGUUCCUAUAACUGGUAUUGGACAUUUGAGAGAUUAGUUAGUUGUGUGUAGUUCAACUGUGCUUUGUAGACUUUGCAAGCAUUUGUAAUGGUUGGAGUUUCUUGCUGCCAUUGGAAAUCUUCAGUACUCAAUCUCUGUAGUGUACUCCUUGACUAAUACCAAACAGUCAGUCUCUUUUCAUGUCUCAUUUGCUUUGUAACACUUCAAACUCCCAUGGCAGAAUAUAUUGAAAUUAUACGUUAAAACCAAGACUGAUUAAAAUUGUGGGUAAUACAAUACUUAGUACUUUCAUCUAUAGAUAUCAAGUUGCUUGACAGAUGUAAGCUGAGGAGGCGUUUGCCAUAAUUAGCAUAGUCAGUAGUUGGUGGAAGAAACGUUUUGUGGGAUUUUCAAGGUUAUCCUACUAAAGUGACUUAAAAGUAUAAGGAUCUAAAGCAGCUGUUCUCAAACUGUGGGUUGGGACCCCAAAGUGGGUCGCAACCCCAUUUUAAUGGGGUCACAAAGGUUGGCUUAAACUUGCUGUGGUCAGGAUCUGAAGCCUAAGCCUCAUCUCCUGGCUCAGUCUUUGGCCCCCCUCCCCAUUCAUAGCAGUGGGGCUUGAGCGAGCUCAGGCUUCAGGCCCCUCCCCUUCUCCCCCAGGGGUCAUGUAGUAACUUUUGUUGUCAGAACGAAGUGGUGGUGCAAAGAAGUUUGAGACCUUCUGGUACAAAGGAAAGGAAAAAGGGCAGGCGCCCUUUAAAAAACCAUAAAGGACACAAAAUGUCUUGAGUAAACUGUACAUCUUAAUUGUUGGUAAGGUGUGAGCUCAUUUGGAAGUUGUCAGUAAGUUUGAAGCUGCAUAAACCAAAACAAGAAAACACAACAGACUUUUCUUCCCAGGUGGCCUCUAUUUUUCUGUUUGAAACUCACACUGUUUGGAGGGGCAGCUGUAUGUUUGGUUGAUAUAGAUAACCAAGCAUGGAAGAUGUAUUUUGUGGCAACUCAGUGGUUUCCCCCUCUUCCCCACCUUUCAAAAGAUGCAUGAUUAGCAAUUAGAAAUCCAUUCCCUAUCCUGGAAAGCAAGAGCAGGUUCUCUUUACAUUUAAGCUCUUAUGCUAAGGUUAAUUUAUGAGCAUGCACUUUUGAAUAGAAUCAUUAGGAACUGAUUUUUCCACCUUUUGCUGCUCUGCAUAUUUUGGUAUUUCAGGUGCUGAAGUAUGCAUUGGCACUUAAAAUGUAGAUGGAUGUUUUUGAUACUUUUUUGGUAAAUUGUGUAUGAAUGUCUAAUGUUUUGAUGAAGCUCUCUUUGGCGUGUGAACAGAGAAUCAAGAGACUGAGACAUUGCAGGAAGCUUUUAGUGUAAUAUUGUAGAGGUACCUUCUUCAGUCUUAGAAUAACUAGAGAGAUCAACCUUUCUGGAUGUUUGCUCUUCAGAUACCAGGUCAGAUGAGAGAGAAAGUUUUGCCUCCCUGAGCUACUAACAAGCCCUAAUAGAAUGAAACUGAGGAAAAGGAGCAUUUAGGUUUAGGUCAGAAAAAACUGCUUGCUCCUAAGAGCUAUUAAACUGUGUGGAGUAGGCCAACGUAGCAGGUUCCAGACUUCAUGGUUAACAUGCCACUGGCUUAAAAAUUUGAGGUUUGAAAUUUCUCCUUUUUUUUGUGUGUCCAUUAAUUUUAGGCCUUAAUUGGUUUUUGGUAUUUCUGGACUCAUAGUAAAAUAAAUGCCUAAGGAAGCAUAAAAUUGUAACCUCCCUUUUAAACAUGUCAAGGCCUUCAUCAUCAAAUCAAAAAGCACAAUGAAGCAGCAGUAGUUGGUCUUUUUUAUAUUACUUCAAUUACAAGGGAGUAAUUCAGUGUCAAAUGGCAUGCUGACGUGUCUCUGCAUGCUGCUAAGCUGUGUCAGGGCUUGGCUUUUUAACGUAUCUAAAUUCAAAGUUUUUCCUCAUUCUUAUCUGAAUUAUUGUUGAACGUCAGCCAAAGAUCUUUACUGAAACUUUGGCAACAUUUUAAAAUAUUUUGAUUAGCUCUUAAUUUAAAUUUUCUCUGAUUUAAAAACACAGAAGUACCAUUAAUUGAAGGGUAUUUUUGCUUCACAGAUCAAGGUUGCUUUGUGUCAGGUGAGAUGUUGCUGAGCUUCAGCUGAAGGUCUGGUUCUGCACUGAACCAAAGUUCAUCCUGUACUUCUGCUGAAUGGUCAUCAGAGCAAAAAUCCAGUUCUUUCAGGAAACCUUUCUUAGCAUUCAGCUUAAUAGUACUUGUAACGUGUUGUGCUCAUAGGAAAACAAGCUAUGAAGAUGGCUCAAGAGUAAAAGUUGUUUUUUUAAUAAUCUGCUUUGUAAAUUUCCAUUCUAAACUCUAAUGCCUUGCUGAGGUUACAGGACAGGAUGGUCAUAGUUCUGGCUAGACAUCUGGAGACCAUUUUCUACCAGUUGGCAGUGCAUCGACUUACAUAGGGAAGGCUAUUUCUGCUAGGAAAAGGGGUAGGAGCUUUACUUCGUACAUGGACAAAACAUAGUGGGGAAAAAUUUUAAUGAGAAAAUCUGAUCUCUGUGUCCCCCAUGGGCCGUGAUCCUGGUAGUGUUGUACUUGUCCAUGAAAUGUAGUUGAGUAAAGCUAGUCUUGCAUAGACUUGGGUAUCUAGAACAUCUAGAUAUAUGAACACUUCUGUCUGAUGUGAAUUGCAGCAGAAGGUGGACAUACCCACACUAGGGCUGUGUCUAGACUACAUGCCUCUGUCGGCAGAGGCAUGUAGAUUAGACACAUAGGCAAAGGCAAAUGAAGCCGUGAUUUAAAUGAUC